AGCAACUUCCCUCGUUUCCUUAGCCCCGGCGCGUGAUCACGGACCGACACGGCGAUCAUUUUCAGUUAAUUAUUUCAAUUUCAUACGGUUUCCGGUCGUUGAUUCCGGGUUUCCAUUGAUCUCCCUCAUUUCAAAUCUCCAUCAGCUCAUCUUAGCUACAUUCUUCUGUUAGAAGCAGUACCAUGGUGAAGGACACUACAUACUAUGAUAUAUUGGGGGUGAAGGCUGAUGCCUCCCCAGCUGAAAUCAAGAAGGCUUAUUACCUCAAGGCAAGGCUAGUUCACCCAGAUAAAAACCCUGGAGAUCCAAAAGCUGCUGAAAAUUUUCAGGCUCUCGGGGAGGCAUAUCAGGUUCUAAGUGAUCCCGAAAAGCGUGAAGCAUAUGACAAGAAUGGAAAGGAAGGAGUUUCAACGGACUCCAUGUUGGACCCUUCAGCUGUGUUUGGGAUGCUUUUUGGAAGUGAGUACUUUGAAGAUUAUAUUGGACAGCUAGCUUUGGCUUCUCUGUCAUCUGCCGAGUUUGAUGAUGAGUCACAGGACCCUGAAGUUAGUAAGCAGAAAAUUGGGGAAAAGAUGAUGACAUUUCAGAAAGAAAGGGAAGAAAAGCUUAUCACAAUACUGAAAACCCGCCUCGAGCCAUUUGUUCAAGGUCAAAUAGAUGAGUUCACACAAUGGGCAAAUUCAGAGGCAAGGCGACUUUCCACAGCUGCAUUUGGUGAGGCUAUGUUACAUACCAUUGGCUACAUUUACACAAGAAAAGCAACUAAGGAACUGGAGAAGGUUGACAAACGGUAUAUGAAGGUACCAUUUUUAGCAGAAUGGGUACGAGACAAAGGACACCGCAUAAAAUCACAAGUAAUGGCAGCUUCAGGUGCGGUGUCUUUGAUUCAGAUACAGGAGGAGCUGAAGAAGCUGAAUCAAGGAGAAAACGGAGAAGAGAAUUUACUGAAAGCCAUUGAAGAUAAGAAGGAAGCCAUGCUUCAAUCCCUCUGGAAAAUCAAUGUGGUUGAUAUUGAGUCAACGCUAUCUCAUGUCUGCCAAGCAGUACUUAGAGACCCUAGUGUAUCACAAGACGUUCUGCUUGCACGAGCAACGGGAUUGAAAAAGCUUGGAACUAUUUUCCAGGGUGCCACGGCAGCUUACAGUAGAGAAUCCAGCCUACGCCGUGAAAGUGACGAGAAGAUAGAUGCCAGUUCCUCAUCUUAGCUGUCUUUGUAUUUGCUCAAUCUUUUUUAUGCGUGCAAUGUUUCAGAUGUGGUUGGUCGAAUAUCUGUGGCUUUAUUACUCUUAUCAACAGUAUUGGUUGAACAAUUGCAUGUAACAUGGUAAUUUGGAAGACGUGCUGUAACUGUAUGUAUAUGUACUCUCCACGUAGUUAUGGUAAUUAGACCAUUUUCGUUUUCAUGUGGAAUCAAGAAAGCCGGUGGGAAAUUCUCAAGUUGAUAAAAAAUUUUGUGCACUAAAUCCUUUUAUGCUCGGGUGCAAGUUGCUUCUCAAAGAGCUUUUUUCCUCUCGGCCCCCUCAAAAAUCUGGUGGAAUAAGUGGUCCUCUUGGUG